UCAUUUCGAUUUUCGAAAGCAAGAUUCAAGAACUACAAGAAGCAAAUUAUGGACAGAAGUAGUGGAAGAAGUUCAUUUGCUUCUCAGUGAACUAAAUAUACGUAUAUAUAAAAAGAGGCCUUAUUUUAUAAAUUGUGGGGAUAUUUUCUCUAAUUCUCUAAGCUAGAAACAGGAAGUGGUAAAAUUAUUAUAUGGCGAUCCAAAGUGUGUUCAUCUUGAACAAAGCUGGGGGCCUUAUUUAUCAUACUGACCGUUACAACGCCAAAAGUGAUAUUGAAAAGACAUUUAGUUAUCCAUUAGAUAUUGUUUUAAAGGAGGAUGAUAAGUUGACUGUUGUGUUUGGCGAGAGAGAUGGUAUAAAAGUUGGUUAUAGUCUUUUGGCGAUAAAUGGGGAGGAAGUGAGCAAUAAACAACUACCUAAUGGUAUGGAUGCUGUGGAAUUCCUUAAAUAUCCCAACAAUUAUCCGGUUUCACUAAAAUUUGGUCGCACCAAGCUAAAGACCAAUGAGAAGAUUAUGUUUGCAAGCAUGUUUCACACUUUGUUUGCAAUUUCAACUAAACUAUCACCUGAACAGAAAUCAUCUGGUAUACAAGUUUUGGAAACAGAAUCAUUCAAACUUCAUUGCUACCAAACUGCAACAGGUGUGAAAUUCCUAGUUCUCACAGACCCUAAGCAGGGUCCGAUGGACAGUUUCUUGAAACGCUUCCAUGAACUUUAUACAGAUUAUGCUUUAAAAAAUCCGUUUUAUUCUUUGGAAAUGCCCAUUAGAUGUGAGUUAUUUGAUACAAAUCUGCAAAAGACUAUGGACCAACUUGAAAAGAUAACAACAACGCAAUAUUCAAAUGAAUGAAAAAGUCCGGUAACAUAUUCUAUCCCUCCUAAUUAUACCUCUUCAUUGUCUUAGAUCUUCAUGUACUUGCAUUAAUAAAUAUCAUAAAAAUAUCAACAGCAAUGCAUGUUAGUGCUUCUACAUUAGGGAAGGAGAGGUUAAGAACGAAAACUAAAGAUAUUCCAGUAAGUACUGUAGCUCGACUGGCAGUAAACUAGCCUCUAGUCGAACAAAAUCGAACGUACUCGAGCAUCCACGAAGUGCGCGUGAAUGUCUCGCAAGUGGCAAGAGCUUCAAGGUUUAAUAACCAGAUUACACUGUCAAAGCUUCUGACUUCUGUGAUCACUGUCACAAUUUUGUUGGCAAUAUGGCAAUAUUUGAGGGAACCAAAAAGAGCCUUUUCGCCGUGAGACAGAAAUACCCCAAAAGAGUUAGCAAAAGAGUGAGUUUUGUGCUGUGCCUUUGUACUCAGGCCUCUUCUAAGACCUGAGGAGGAUAAUUUACUCUGGUUCUCACCUCUCAUCGAGUAAUGAUCAUUUAAAAUAUAUACUUUAUGCAAGCCAUGCACGGCGAAACAAACCACUGUAUUGUACACAGAUCACAGAUUUUGGACAAGUAAAUUCUGUUUCUAUGACUUUUAAGUAAAGUAUGAAGCAUAACUGUACUAUAAAUCUCAGAUUGAGUUACAGAAUAAUAACUUUAAUGACACAGCUUUUUUACAUUGAAAUAUAGCAUCUAGAAUUUGAUAUAAGGUAACGCGUAUACUUCUAAUGUGUAUGUAUAUGUGCAUGCAUGCAGUAUAAUUAUUGAAUACAUUUACUGAUUUGGAGUACGUCAAACACAUUUUAAAGUAUCCUGCAAGCAGGUCCCGAUACUGCGGAUGAGUUUCGUGCUUCCAUCUCCGUUUGUCUGUCAAUACAUGCCAUAGCGAACAUCUUGAAUUCAGAAUAAUCUAAUUCCUAUGACAGAGCAAACCUUAUUUUGUAUGAAAAUUUAAAUAACUUUGGUAGGAAGAUUUAAAAACAUCUGACGGCUGAUAAAACUGCAUGCAACUUGUCUCGAUCAGCAAGAUAUUGAUUUGUUUAGACAGAAAAGGAAGUAAAACACUGUGCCUUUCUUGGUAGGAAAAUUGCGAUGUUGUAUAAACACAACACCCUUUCUAUUAGCUUUGAAAGUGUCUAUGGAAACUUGAUUAUUUUCAUUCAACUUACAUGGUCUCCUGA